AGAUGUCUUCUUCCACGCCUAUAAUGCGAUGCUUCUGUGCUUCAGCUGUUCGUUUGGCGGAAGCCAACGUAGCAUCUAUGCAUCAAUGCAAACCGACGCCACCGAGGAGGAUCCCGUUUCCUCGAGCGCUCUUCUUCAGCUGCGUCGCACCGCCCUUCGAGCGGGUCUCCUCACAACUUUUCCUUAUUCACGUUCGAUAUGAGAGCGAGCAUUCUAACUGGUGUCAUCAUGCCAGUGUAUGCUUUAGCAUAUGCUGUGGAGUAUGUAACCGCCAUGCCUCCAGUUCCAAGACAAAAUCUUGGAGAUUUCGCAAGUGCACAACAGUAUCUCACCGCUUGCGCGGACUCCUGUACCCAUGACAUCCAGUCCAGAUACCAGAGAGCACGCCUAGAUGUCAAUCCCGAUGACCAAUACUGCAACAACUUCGGAAACACCCCAGGGGAUGGUGCAUGCUACUGUGGCAACUACCUUGACGACAGUCGUAGUAUAUUGUCCCUCUCAUCCUGCAUAGCGAACACAUGCACCCAAAUCUCGGAAGACGUUGUCGAUGUCACGGGCGAGUUCAUACCUGUGAUGACUGCUCAGCUCAACCUGCUGUGCCCUAACAGCGUCAACCAGUUCUCGCAUACCUUUGAUGUGCAGCCUCCGUCUACAAACAGCUUUAGCGUCACCACCACUACAAUGAGCUCUACUUCGAAAUCCACCUCGAGAUUGAGUUCGAGUUCUGCCAUGCCAAGCCUAUCCAGUUCUUCUACUGCAUCGUCCACAUUCAAAUCCACAUCCACGUUCACAUCUGCAUCCUCGACUGCGACUGGGACACCCACUUCUUCAUCGGACUCGGCACCCAAGGUGCUCGUCCUCAUGGAUUCAGUUUACCUCACUACCACACUCUGUGGUGUGAUCAUGGCUGUUACAGCGUACAUGCUUUAAGCUCCCCGAUAUCGGCGCAGCUCGGUAAUUGAAUUUUGCAUUGUCCUUAGCGGCAAAAAUGUUGUGUGCAUUUGUUUCUGAAAACUCGUUUAGUUUAUGUCGGGAAUAUCAUUACUAGGGGAAAAGAUCAACUAUUCGAGCUUUCGGUCUAAUCUACGCUCAAGCUAAGAAU